UUCACCCUACAACAAACUCUCUCUCUCUCUCUCUCCCUAUAACAAUCGUUCUCUCUCUAAAACAUGGCGCCAAAGGCAGCAGAGAAGAAGCCCGCUGAGAAGAAGCCGGCGGAGGAGAAGAAAACCGCCGCAGCUGAGAAAGCUCCGGCCGAGAAGAAGCCGAAAGCCGGGAAGAAGCUUCCGAAGGAAGCCGGAGCCGGAGCAGCCGAUAAGAAGAAGAAGAGGAGCAAGAAGAGCGUUGAGACGUACAAGAUCUACAUAUUCAAGGUGUUGAAGCAGGUUCAUCCGGAUAUCGGAAUUUCAAGCAAGGCUAUGGGGAUUAUGAACUCCUUUAUUAAUGAUAUCUUUGAGAAGCUUGCUCAGGAAGCUUCUAGGCUUGCUAGGUAUAAUAAGAAGCCUACUAUUACGUCCAGGGAGAUUCAGACCGCGGUCAGGCUGGUUCUGCCCGGUGAAUUGGCAAAGCAUGCUGUUUCUGAGGGCACCAAGGCUGUUACUAAAUUCACCAGUUCUUAGAUUUGGGGUUAGGGUUUGUAAAAAAGCUUGUCUCUAUCUUCGUGUUGUGUUCUUCAGAUUAAUACAAUCGAUAUGUUGGGUUUUUCUAAUAGUUGUUUUCAAAAUGCAUGAUUCAAGUCUUCUCAAA